CAAAAUGGAGCAAAAGAUGUGAAGAUGAUAACAUUAAAAGGCUGAGGUAUACGAGGUGGCCGAGGCUGCGCGAGCAGCAGACACAAGGCUCUUUACUAGUGGUGAUUAAUACAAAGAAGAAAAUGUCGACAGAAUGCCUAAUGAACCCAGAUUUCCUGAUAGAAUUCAUUGAAAUGUACCGGUCACUUCCAUGCUUAUGGAAAGUGAAGUCUUCUGAUUAUUCCAACAGACAAAAAAAGGCAGAAGCAUAUGAAAAAUUACUCAGUCUUUGUAAAUCUGUUUGUCCCUCCGCCACUGUCGAACUUGUUAAACAUAAGAUUGCAAAUUUGCGAACAGUAUUCAAAAAGGAAUUAAAGAAAGUAGAGUCAUCAAUACAGUCUGGCGCCUCAGGUGAUGAAGUGUAUAUACCUCGGCUCUGGUACUUUGAUCUUCUGAAAUUUACUAUAGAUCAAGAUGCUCAGCCACAGCCACAACCUGUAUACCACUUUCCUGAGGCAUAUGAUGUGCGACAAGAGGAAGAAAACACAGAUGACAGCCUAGAAAGUGCUGGGGAAUGUACAAACUUCUCCCAGGUAAUUAUUGCAAAGAAGAAAAUGUCUACAGAGAUAUUUAUGAAUCCUGAUUUCUUAAAAGAAUUUAUUGAAAUGUAUCGAUCAUUUCCUUGCUUGUGGAAAGUGAAAUGCGCUGAUUAUUCCAACAGACAGAAAAAAGCCGAAGCAUAUGAAAAACUGGUACAUCUUUGUAAGACUGUUUGUCCCUCAGCAACCGUAGAUCUUGUUAAACAUAAGAUUGCUAAUUUAAGAACAGUGUUCAAAAAAGAAUUAAAGAAAGUGGAGUCUUCAAGAAAAUCUGGUGCAUCUGGUGAUGACGUGUACAUACCACGCUUGUGGUACUUUGACAUUCUGAAAUUUACAAUUGAUCAGGAGGAGCAAACUCAAUUUGUGUCCAUCUAUCCUGAGACAUAUGAUAUUCGACAGGAGGAAGAAAACACAGAUGACAGCCUAGAAAGUGCUGGGGAAAAUACAAACAUAGCCCAGGUUUGUAUUCGUACGCCAUCCCAAGAAGUCAUUGAAAGACAGCCCAUACAGAAGCAGCAACAACCACCAAUUCCAAUGCCAAGCCAGAAAAAACGAAAGUCUGUCAACGGUGAUUUGAGUCGACAACUGCUUUCUGAAGCAGCAGCUGUUUUAAACCAAAAAGAAGAUGAAUUUGAUGCAUUUGGUGUCACAGUUGCCGCAAAGCUGCGCAAAAUGGAUGACAAACAGAGACUGUUAUCCGAAGUUCUGAUAACUGAUAUUUUGUUCAAAGGGAUGAUGAAGAAACUCACAGAAGAAUCUAGCAUUUCCCUGUUUCAAAUGCCACACUAUUCUUGUCAGCCACCAAGUUGUUCUAACUCUAUGGACUAUAAUAUUCAACAUACUCAGACAAUGACUUCCCCACGGCAAGAUUACGUUUCCAUUAAUCAUGAAUAUAGCUGUAGUCCUACGCGGUUGAGGGCAAAUCAGUCUUUUUGUAUGUCUCCACUGCCUAAUUCACAUGUUAUAGAACCUUCCCAGUACAAAGAAGAACAUUUAUAACUAGCGCACAUUUGUAACAGUAUGACGUUUAACACUUUUUAGUGUUUUUAUUGGGACACUACAAUUAAAGCUGUUCCUUCUUAGGAUAUAACUUAAGUUGUUUUUAUUACAAAAAUUACAUUUUCUUUUUUAUAUUAAAUUUUAUAAUUAUUACGUCUUUAUAUAUAGUUUUUUGAAGAAAUAAGAAAAAAACUGAUUUUUGUGAAAGAUGUUUUGCAUCAAAGUUGUUACCUUUUAUUAUUUGCGUAUUUAAGCAAAAUCAACCUGAUUGAAAUUGGGGUAGUGAAAAGCAGUUAUAUCCUUUUAUCUUUUCUACCUCUUACUUUAGUAGUCACUACUGCUGUGCACUAAAACUGACCAUGCACAUAAUGUAAAAGUUUGAAAUUGCUGAUUCUGACCACUUCCUUCUACGUUUAGUUUAAAGGGGUACUCCGGUGAAAACCUUUUUAUUUUUUUAUUUUUAUUUUUUUUUUAAAUCAACUGGUGCCAGAAAGUUAAACAGAUUUGUAAAUUACUUCUAUUAAAAAAUCUUAAUCCUUCCUGUACUUAUUAGCUGCUGAAUACUACAGCGGAAAUUAUUUUCUUUUUGGAACACAGUGCUCUCUGCUGACAUCACGAGCACAGUGCUCUCUGCUGACAUCUCUGUCCAUUUUAGGAACUGUCCAGAACAGCAUAUGUUUGCUAUGGGGAUUUCCUUUUACUCUGGCAGUUCCGAAAAUGGACAGAGAUGUCAGCAGACCGCUCUGUGUUUCAAACGGAAAAGAAUUUCCACUGUAGUAUUCAGCAGCUAAUAAGUACAGGAAGGAUUUUUUUUAAUAGAAGUAAUUUACAAAUCUGUUUAACUGGCACCAGUUGAUUUAAAAAAAAAAAAGGUUUUUCACCGGAGUACCCCUUUAAUGCUUUCUCAACACAGUAAUUUUUUGGGAUGGCUUUUUCUUUACCUGGACUUUCCAAGUGCUAAGAUUUUUAUGUUGUCCUCAGCAUAACUGUAUGAGGGAUUGACUUCUGAGGGACAAGUUGCUCUUUUUUUUUUUUAACUAUUUUGUGAACAAUACAGUGUAUUGAACCACUUAAAAAAAAAAAAGUUUGCGGGAUGAAACUUGUUGGUGGUGUUGGGCAAUUAGUGGUAAAACAAAUUCAGUCCUGCUAUUAUAUUUCUGAGUUUUGUUUUCACAGAGUUUACCAGGCAGUAUAAAUGACAUUCUGCAGGUCAGUACAAUUAUGUGAUACCAAAUUUAUAUAGUUUUUGAUGUGUUUUAUUACUUUAAAAAAAAAUUAAAACAGUUUUCUUCUUAAAUAAAAUAAAAAUUCUGAGACCUAACCUAUUUUUCUAUCGAUAGACCUUUUGUGAAAGUUUUUUUCACAGGAUAAGGAGUAGUUUUUAUUGUAACCAUUUUGAGGUACAUAGGAAUUUUUGGUCACUUUUUAAUUGAUUUAUUGGGGAGGAGUCAAAAUGACUGAAAAACUGCAUUGUGGAGUUUUAGUUUAUUUAUUUUAUUAAAUGUCAUUUAGUAUGCAAGAUAAUGUGAUAUUUUAAUAGUUAAUAUAUUUAUGAAUGCAGCAAUACCAGGUGUGUGUAUGUAUACCCCUCAUUUUGUCUUCAGAACUGUCUUUAUUCUUCUUGGCAUACUUUCUACUAGGUGAUGUAAACUUUCCUCAGAUUUUGGUCCAUAUGGACAUGAUGACAUCACGCAGUUGCUGCAGAUUUGUUAGCUGCACAUCUAUGAUGCUAAUCUCCCAUUCAACCAUAUCCCAAAGGUACUCUAGUGGAUUAAAAUCUGGUCACUAUGAAGUCCAUUGGUCCCCUAUGCUGGAGAUCAUUAACCCCUUAGGGACAUGCGCCGUAAAUGUACAACGCUGCAUAUCGUCAGUGCCGCUUUCUUCAUUCGAAGCAGGUCCCAGCGGGUGUCAGCAGCCACGGACCCGCCGGUAAUGGCAUACAUCAGCGAUCGCGCUGAUGUCUGCCAUUAAACCCUCAGAUGCUGUGAUAAAUACAGAUCACAGCAUCUGUGGCAGUGCGGUACUUAAAAUGUCUGAUCUGAUCGCCCUCGCGGCACUGCCACGGGGAUCAGAUCAGCCAAGAUGGUGGACAGAGGUCCCUUCUCCUUCUGCACUGAUCUGCCUUCCAGCAGACCAGAGCAGAAGAUCGCCGAUAAUACUUAUCAGUGCUAUGCCUUAUGCAUAGAACUGAACAGUAUUAGCAAUAUAAUGACUGCUAUAAAUAGUCCCCUGUGGGGACUAAAAAAGUGUAAAAUUUAAAGUUUAAAAAAAAGUGAAAAAGCCUCCCCCAAUAAAGUUUUAAAUAACCCCUUUUCCCAUACAAAACGAUAAAUAAUAAACAUAUUUGGUAUCGUUGCAUGCGCAAAUGUCCAAAUUAUAAUGUUAAAGAUCAGACUUCAAAAAUAUUUUAUAAAUAGCGAUCAAAAAGUCACAUAUGCGCAACCAGAUCAUGGUGCAAAAAAUGAGCCCUCCCUGAAUACGGAAAAAUAAAAAGAGGUGGUCAAAAUAGGGCAAUUUUAAACGUACUGAUUUUGUAAAAAAAAAAAAAAAAGUUUGAGAUUUUUUAUAUGCAGUGCAAAAAGAGUUAUAGAUUUUAGAAGGCGAGGCGGAAAAAAUGAAAACGCAAAAAUAAAAUUUGCUGUGUCCUUAACCCUUUAAGGACUUAGCCCUUUUUCACCUUAAGGACUCGGCCGUUUUUUGCAAUUCUGACCACUGUCACUUUAAACAUUAAUAACUCUGGAAUGCUUUUAGUUAUUAUUCUGAUUCCGAGAUUGUUUUUUCGUGACAUAUUCUACUUUAACGUGGUAAAAUUUUGUGGUAACUUGCAUCCUUUCUUGGUGAAAAAUCCCCAAAUUUUAUGAAAAAAGUGAAAAUUUUGCAUUUUUCUAACUUUGAAGCUCUCUGCUUGUAAGAAAAAUGGAUAUUCAAAAUAAUUUUUUUUUGUUCACAUAUACAAUAUGUCUACUUUAUGUUUGCAUCAUAAAAUUUAUGAGUUUUUACUUUUGGAAGACACCAGAGGGCUUCAAAGUUAAGCAGCAAUUUUCCAAUUUUUCCCAAAAUUU